AUGUCAUCCAGAUCUGGCAGCACGAGAGGCUAUGAGACCAGUGGCCAGUCACACGAUCAUUCAGCUUCCCCACCAAUCCCAGAGUCUAGUGACACUGAGACUGAAGGUUUGAUAUUUUAUCACAUGGAUCUUUAUGGAUCAAAGGAGAGGUUUGAUAUCUUUCCUGAAGAGCUCUCUGGUCGAGGAGACAGGUCUCUGGGGGAUACGAGAAGGGAAUCUGCAGUGAGUAGUGAAAAAGUUCAGCGCCCACAAGAAGUUGGCUAUGACUUGGAAAAGGAGGUUGCAGAGUUGGCUAAGAUGUAUGGACUUGAUGAGGAUAGAGAAAAAGAGCUUGAGCUUCUUGGAGGACAUCUGGAGAAGGUGGAGAGCAGAUGGCCACCUGCUCGCACAGAAAAAGCAGGAUCACAAGGCUCCAUCUAUAACACAUCAAAAAGCAGCUCUUCAGUGAAAGAUCCAAAUCAAAGCACAAAGCAACAAAGACUUCCUGAUGAGGUUUCUCAAGGUGAAAAUCAGAGCAAAGCCAGAGCAGAUGAUGAAGCUGAGAACAACAUAUGGUCCAGAGGGGGGCUAAGCAGUGGUGGCAUGUCAGAUGAGUGGAACAGUGAGGCUGCCAGUGAGGAGGAGGAAGAAGAGGAAGAAGCAGCAGAUGUUUUUUGUUCUACCUGCAAGAUACCAAUCCGAGCUUUUGACAAACUAUUUGGUGAACACAAGGAUCACGAGGUUGCUCAGCUCCCCAGUGCUGUGGAAAGUGAAAAGGAGGAGAUCCAUAAAAACAUGUGCAAGUUGCAAGAACAGAUUGCUCAGAUGGAAAAUGUUGCCAGCCAUUUGGAGGAAAUCUUCAUCACUGUAGAGGAAAAUUUUGGGAGGCAGGAGCAGAACUUUGAGGUGCAUUACAAUGAUGCAGUGCAAGUGCUUGCUCAGAAAUAUGAAGAGCAGCUGGAAGCACUGGGAGAAGAGAAGAGAGAGAAGCUGGAAGCUCUGUAUGAGCAGCUGGUCAGUUGUGGGAAAGACCUUGACACCUGCAAGGAGCUGACAGAUGAAACCCAGGAGCUUCUCCUGGAAAAUGACAAAGCUGAAUUUAUGAAGGCAGCAGUAACCAUGGUUGACAGGCUGGAAGAAUUCUUAAAGAAAGAAGUGGAUUUAGAGCUUUCAAUGCUGCCAGACUUUGAGGAGCGAGUCAUAGAUGUCUCUGAAGUUGAACAACUAAUGAACUCCAUUAAUGCUAUUCCAGCUCCUUGUGCCCCUGUGAUCAAUCCCCAGGCUCCCAGUGCAGCAACUGGCACUUCACUGAGAGUUUGCUGGGGCCUGUUCUCAGAUGACACUGUGGAGUGCUACCAGCUGUGCUACAAACCAGUGAGCAGUGAGAGGCACAGUGAUGGGCAAGCAGAGCAUACACUAAAAGUCAAAGAAACAUACUGCACCAUUACUGACCUGUUGCCAAAUACACAGUAUGAAUUUUGGGUCAGUGCUUUAAAUGCCUCCGGUAUCAGUCCACCGAGUGAAAGAGCAGUUUAUGUAACAGCUCCUUCACCACCUACCAUAAAGAAUAAAAAGAUCCAAAGCUGUGAAAAUGCAGUACUGGUGUGCUGGGAAUCCAGAGACAUCAACCCUGUUGAUUCCUACACGGUUGAAUUGUCUAAGCUGACAGAUGAAGAACAUGAUGAUAUUAUUACUGAAUCUAUUGUUGGGAUCCCUAACUGUGAAGUCCUAAUUCACCUCCAGCCAACACAAAAGUAUCACAUCUGUGUCAGAGCUCAAAACCUGGGUGGCUCCAGUGAAAGAAGUGAACCUGUCCUGAUACACACCACAGGCACCUGCUUCUACCUUAAUGAGGACACAGCCCAUCCUUUGCUGGCAAUUCUAGAUGAUGGAUUUACCAUUUCAUGUGAUGAACUGGAAAACCCAGAGUGUGAUCUGCCUGUCUAUGAUAACAGCUUUACAAGAUGUAUUGCAAUCCUGGGCAGUCUGAUCCCAUUUCCAGGAAAGCAUUACUGGGAGGUAGAAGUUGAGGAAGACACAGAGUACAGAACUGGUGUGGCUUUUGAGAACACUCCAAGACAUGGGCACCUGGGGGCAAACAACUCAUCCUGGUGUAUGAGGCACAUCAUCACACCCUCAAGGCACAAGUAUGAAUUCCUGCACAGCGGGACAACACCUGACAUCAGAAUUACUAUUCCCCCCAGAAGGAUUGGCAUCCUGCUGGACUAUGAGAACUGCAGACUGUCAUUUUUCAAUGCAGAUAUUGGCCAGCAUCUUCACACAUUCAACUCACACUUCCAGCAUUAUGUCCACCCCUGCUUUGCACUGGAAACACCUGGUAUCUUAAGGAUACAUACUGGAAUUACAACACCCCCAUGGACUGCCAUGCCAUAA